AUAACGUGCGUGCGUCAUAAUCACGACUGUUCGUUACACUUUGGUGGUUUUGCUAUUCGCUUUAUACGUCCCUCUCUCUUGCUUCCCCUAUUAUACAUAGCCCUCAUUCAUUCAUGAUGCAUUGAUAAAUAAAAAACAGGAACGAUCAUUUUGUAUUUUACACUCAGGCAUUAAAACGAGCUAAACAAUGUGCUAGUGUCGCAUUACUAGAUCAAAAUUUGACUGAAACAAGUUUAGAAUUCUAUGGAAAAAUUUCACAAUUACUAAUACGCUAUGUUGGCAUUAAUCCGACAGAGUAAGUUUUUGCACUCCGUUUCUUUUUUUUUCAUUCAAUGUAUCGAUUGGUCUUGUUGUCAAGAGCUCAAUUUUCGCUUGAUGUUCGAGCCUUCUAUUGCCCGAUUACUACAUUGAUGAGAUUUGGGAGUUUCUCAUGUUGGUCGCCAUAUGUACAUAUCAUUGUGACGAAAAAAUGAAGGUGGUAGGGACAUUAGUGUGAGAGAUGGUGAUACACUUUACUUUAUCCCUUCAUAUCAUUUAAUCAUCUUGUGACGAUUGAAGAUAGAGAUGAUGUUAGUGUGAAUGGUAUUACACUUUAUUCUAUUUCUUCAUAUCAUACAAUCGCAUCGUUUACAUAUAAAGCACACGUUUAUAUAUACGAGUAGAAUAAGAGAUGAUGAGGCCAAGGAGAGAACAAUGUGAGAAUGAACAAGUGAUGAGGCCAAGGAGAGAACAUAUAUAGAAGAACAAUAGAGUAACAAUACAUACAAUAUACGAGUGAAUGGUGAUAUAGAAUGAGAAGCGCAUUACGACAGAAAGAGAACAAGGUUCAACCAUGCAUAGAUAAACGUAAGAGUAACACGAUUAUGAACACUAUAUAUCAUUGAUUGUACACGAGCAUACUGAGGAAAAAAAAGAUAUCACAUAAGAUAAUAUGCCCAUUGGCACAAUCAUUAUUUUCUUGUGGUUAUAAUUUUUCUAUUCUUUGUUCUUUACUACUAGUACAUCUUCGGAUGAUACCACAAUCGUUAUCAACAAGAAAUAUUGAUGAUAUUCUUGAUUUAAAUCUCGUUAUUAUUUGUGUUUCAUGUCAUUAUAUUCAAAAUCCUCAUAUUUUAGCUAAAGCUGUCGAAGUUAUGAAUUUGUUAUGUGCUCCAAGUGAACAUACACUAUUACAACAAGCGACAGAAUAUUUAUUCAAUCAUCAUCUUGCUCAAGGUUCACUCGUGCAUGCAUUGAACAAACUUUAUGCUGGCAAUGAAUAG